AAUUUGCAGGGUGGAGCUCACCGUGAUGAGGCGGGCAGUUUGAGCACCAAUCACAGUGGCCUGCCCAGUAAUGGCCCCUCCCCCAGCAAUGAGAUCAACCACCAAGCUGAUGGGUUCAGAGGAUUGGCGGGCAGCUUGGCCAGUCAGGUGGCCGCCGCUCUGGAGCUAAAGAUGGAGAACCCGGACAAGGAGGAACUUCCUGACCACGCCUCCUCCGAGGACCUCAAGUCCGACGACGAGAGCGAGAGGAGGGACAUCAAGACUCCCCGCGGCGGCACCCGCACCAGCAGCAUCAACGAGGACGAGGACCUGCCCCCGGAGCAGAAGGCGGAGCGUGAGCGCGAACGCAGGAUGGCCAACAACGCGCGCGAGCGCCUACGCGUGCGCGACAUCAACGAGGCCUUCAAAGAGCUCGGACGCAUGUGCCAGCUGCACCUGAAGAGCGAGAAGCCGCAGACCAAGCUGCUCAUCCUGCACCAGGCCGUCGCAGUCAUCCUCAACCUCGAGCAGCAAGUCAGAGAGCGGAACCUGAACCCCAAAGCAGCCUGCCUUAAGCGGAGAGAGGAGGAGAAGGUGUCCGGGGUGUCAGAGCCCCAGCAGCCUCAUACAGCUGUACACCCCGGCCUCAGCGACACAGCCAACCCUAUGGGCCACCUCUGAGAUCAAAGAUGCCCUGGAUCAAGUGUGUAAGAUAGCAGUGGUGACAUGGCUUCCCACCGGCCGGCAGGACUCCCAGCUUGUGACACAGAUUCGAAGAGACACAUCACUCGAAGCGAGAUUUAAAAAAAGAAAAAGAAAAAAAAGAGAAAACAGAAUAGAAGAAAAGUAAUCCCAGCACGGUGGAGAGGACUAAACUGGCCAGUGUCCAGACUCCCCAGGAUGCAGACAGAAUCUCAGCCCCACAGAAGAAAACCAUUUUUUUAAAAAGAAAAGAAAAGAAGAAAAAAAAAACAACUUUGAAUGACAGAAAGCCCCAGACUUCAGCACAUACCAGUGUCUGUGUGCAGAGUGUCACAUCUGACCAAUCAGAGACUGUCUCCAUUGUCUAACCCCGCCCCCACCCCACCCCCACCCCUCGGGAAGCAGCCUUGUGCCUAAACUGAAUUUGACGAAUGCAUUGUAACAGCAGUUAUUUUUGUUUAUUGGUUUGUUUAUCAUUUCAUUUGUUGUCUUGUUUUUCUAUUUAUUAUGUUACUGAGCUAUAAAGUCUAUGUUUAAAGGGAAAGAUACAACAUUGCUUUGAGAGGCCGAUGACGUUUCAGUUGAUCUACAGUUUGCCAGGGACCGAGCAAAGCUAGCGAUGUUAGCGAUGUUAGCGAUGUUAGCGAUGUUAGCGAUGUUAGCACUCUCGCCUCUUAUGUCUGAGCUGAGUUCAGUGAAGCCAUGAAGAUCAUGAGAUUAAUAUAUAUUUUAGCCCGUUCAGAUCAAAUAAUUUAUGUUCUCAAAAAAGAAUUGGCACCACCAGAUGCUCAAAGAUUCUCAAUGAUGAAAAACAAAAGUGUUUCUUUGUUUCUUGAUUUUGUUUUAGAUAAUAUAUUAUUUAUAUUUAUAUAGUACACAAAUGUCAAACCAAAACUACCUAUGUACUUGUUUCAGCUCAGACUGUAUCCAGCAAAAGGCACUAGAGAGGAUUGCAGGAGUGCACACAAAGGUCAUAGGAGAGAUCAAAGGUUAAAGGUCAGGAAGCGCCUGGUUUCUGCAUCAGUAGGGAAGAAUGGCAAACUCUAGCUUUCCUGAAAGGUCAAGCGUGGGCUGUUAGCCAGACGUGUUCUCCACCAGGGACUGUUCACACGCAGCGAACGAGAGAGAGAGAGAGAGCACACGCAUUUAGCAUUAAAUGGCACCAGAUAGCGGCAGAGUUAUGCCCAGAUCUGGGCCAGACACAGGCUUUUGGACUCGCUGCUGUCCAGGCCAUGCAUUCCCUGCCAGGUCUCUUCAGUGUCUUAAGGAGCGGAGGAAGAGGAUUGGGACUUUCCCGCCUUUUCUCUUCCGGAGAGAGCGAGCAGGAAAACAACGGCUCACCCUGAAGAUCGUUUGCUUUGUUAGCUCGGUUUCUGAUUGGCUGAGGAGCUCUGGAGGUGUGGCUAGACAUGACAUAGACAUCCAGAACUCUUCAGUUGAAACCAUGGCAACCAUGGAGAGGCAGUAGAUUAACAGACAAAAAACUAAAGUAAUAAAAGGAAAAAAAAGAAAAAACUUUUUUAAAAAAACAACGAAGACCACAUCAUCAUCUGGCCUGAGUUCCAGUUUUACAUUAUUUUUGUCUUUCUGUCUAGUAAUACAGUACAAUUAACAAUUCCAAAAAAAUCAUACAAAAAAUCAUUACUCAAAAUAACCGUGUCAUAUGUUUAUUUGUAAUAUAUGUAUGCAAAGCAUUUCUUUAGGCUUCACUCUACAGCGUUGUUACAUUGAGUGUAAUUUAGCCAUAGGAGGUUCAGAGUUGUUUAGAAUGCCUCCUUAGCCCCACCCCCACUUGAGCAGCAGAAAUGGCUGAUGGGAAAUGUAGGCGUUGUAGUCAGAAGAGUUGACUUGGGGGAGUUGAACUGAAGCCCCAUCAGUCCUGGUGACCAGAAGAACAAAAAGCAGCUCUAGAGCGCACUCAGUCUCAUUCUCAUCACUCCCUUCUCCCCUCCCAUUCUUUACACUGUUGUUUUUUAAGCUUUUGGUGUGUGUGCGUGUGUGUGCGUGCGUGCGUGCGUGUGUGUGUGUGUGUGCUGUACAUUCUCUGGCUUUCAAUGCUCUAUCUCUAUCUGUCUGAGAUCUCCUCUAUCUUCCUUGCCUCCUGUCUUCCGAUAAUCAUCCAACUGUCUGACAAGGCCCUCACAGCCCCACUAGGUUCUGACUAGAACCGCAGCGAUCUGUUCUCACAUAAUACCAGUUCUUCCAUAGCAGACUAGAACCACACAAUGACCAGUUCUUCCAUAGCACAGAAGAGAACCACACAACAUUUGAUUAUUUCAUAGAACACAGACUAGAAUCACACAGCCACUGUAACCAGUUAUCUGAUUGCAUAGACUAGAACCACACAACUGCAGGUACCGGUUCCUGCCAAACAGAACCACAUAAAACUACAGCACUCUCAAAACCACAAUAGCGUUCUUAUAAGUUAUCACUCAGCACAGAGACCAGAAUCACCAAGCUAUAGUUAAUGGAACAGAACUACAAAAACACACUUACUAGUUCUCUUCUGGAGCAGACCACAAAAUCACAGAACCGCUCCUCAGAACUACAUUUUUCUUUUACACAGCAAUCAAUCAGCAUAAGCCCCAUGAUGAUGUCUGAAGUUAUCGUCCAGUCAGCGCUUCCCAGCGUAGUGUGUGGCCUUGUUGAACUCUAUAUUUGAGAGCUUGUGUCGCCUCUAUCCCUGCUCAGUCAGUAGUCAAGCUGAAGUUCUGUCAUUGCUGCCAAUUUCCAAUUUGUUUAUUUUAUUUCUAUUUUCAGCCAUCUGUUUGUUUGUUUGUUGUUUGUUUGUUUGCUCCUUUGUUGGCUAAUGUUAGACUUUAAUGUAUUCCCAGAUGCUUUCCCUCGUGAGAUAUAUGACAAAAAAGCUUAAAAAAACAAAAAAAAAAACAUUUGGCUUAUUUUUCACUCUAGUUAUAGUCUUUUAUACUAUAAUAUUGUAAGAACAUUUCUUGAAUUCUAAAUAUUACUCUUUCUAGAUUUUUGAAAUCAAAAGUUUUGAGUAAAAAAGUUUCUUACUUUAUUUUACUAUAUUAGAUAGUAAAAGAAAACAAACAAAGUACGGUUAAUUACCAUAACCUAUCAAUUACCAUAACCUAUCAAUUACUAUCAGAAACAAAAGAAAAACAAUGAGGCGUAGUGGCAUCUUAAGAACACAGUAGGAUUGUAGCUCUGUGUAGGUAAGAACAGGGAUUCCGAGCUCAAUGUUCUUAGAGGAUGUUCUCAACGUCAUAAUCUCCACUGCAGUUGAUGGUUGACGAGUGAUUUGCACCCGUGGUGAAAUGUAAGGUUUUUGUUGUCAAAUGCACAUCUUUAAAGGACAAAAUAAGAGAAACAAACUUAAAAUAAUAACCACGAACCAGCAGGAGAAGAGAUGAAGAGUUGAUACUUUCUGUCUCUGUAACAGGAAACACAAUGUGUAUAUAACAUGUAGCAAUAAAGGUGCCAUGUUUCUUAACUGA